GCGAGAGGGAGAGAGAGAGGGAGAGAGGGAGAGUGAGAGUGAUGGUGGAUUUGAUGAACACAGCGGGUCUCCUCGGUCGAAGGCGGUAAUUGCUUUAUUUCUUGAUGAUUUGACGUUAGAUUCACGCGCCCCCGGUCAUUUGCUGUGCGCGCGGAGAGACGCGAUGCGCUGCGCCCCGGGAGCCGCCACCCUGCCGCAUCCUCUCUAGCGCUCCGACACCUCGCUUUGUCGGCGUCUCUCUUAUUUCAGCUCGAAGGAAUCGAAGGAGGAUUGAAAAGGAAAAAAAAAAGGAGAUAAAAUGUCUCUAAAAUCCAAGCAGUGCGAGUCGGUGAAGGUGGUGGUGCGCUGUCGGCCGCUGAACCGGAAAGAAGAGGCGACCGGUUAUGACAGCAUCGUGGACAUGGACGUUAAAUUGGGCCAGGUGGCGCUGCGGAAUCCCCGAGCGGCUCCCGGAGAACCGGACAAGACGUUCACCUUCGACGCCGUGUACGAUGCAGGAUCCAAGCAGAGCAACCUGUACGAUGAGAGCGUGCGGCCGCUCGUGGACUCGGUGCUCCGCGGGUUUAACGGGACGGUGCUCGCGUACGGACAGACCGGCACCGGGAAGACGUACACGAUGCAGGGGGAGUGGACGGAGGCCGAGCGGCGCGGCAUCAUGCCCAGCUCCUUCGAGCACAUCUUCACGCACAUCUCCCGCUCUCAGAACCAGCAGUACCUGGUGAGAGCGUCCUACCUCGAGAUCUACCAGGAGGAGAUCCGAGACCUUCUGACCAUCGAUCACAGCAAGCGCCUCGAGCUGAAGGAGAGCCCCGAGUCGGGUGUGUACGUCCGAGACCUUUCGUCCUUCGUGGCGAAGAACGUCAAGGAGAUGGAGCACGUGUUGAACGCGGGAAACCGGACGCGAUCCGUAGGUGCCACGGACAUGAACGAGCGCAGCUCUCGGUCUCACGCCAUCUUUAGCGUCACCGUGGAGUGCAGUCAGCCUGGUCCGGACGGCCGCAACCACAUCCGGGUGGGCAAGCUGAACCUCGUGGACCUGGCCGGGAGCGAGCGCCAGAGCAAGACGGGAGCACGUGGUGAGCGACUCAAGGAGGCCACUAAAAUCAACCUGUCUCUCUCUGCACUGGGCAACGUUGUAUCGGCGCUGGCCGAUGGCCGCGGUGCUCACGUGCCCUAUCGUGACUCCAAGCUCACGCGCCUGCUCCGGGACUCCCUCGGCGGGAACGCCAAGACCGUGAUGGUGGCCACGCUCGGCCCGGCGUCCUUCAACUACGAGGAGACUCUGACCACGCUGCGCUACGCCAACCGCGCCAAGAACAUCAAGAACGUCCCACGUGUCAACGAGGACCCCAAGGACGCGCUGCUCCGCGAAUUCCAGCUGGAGAUCGCCCGGCUCAAGGCACAACUCCACCGACAAGGCAUGCUGAGUGCCAAGAGGAAGAGGAGGCUCAAGAGAAGCACAGACCACGAGGUGAACGAGGAUGAUGACGACGACGAUGAGGAAGAUGAAGGCGAAGACGAUGACGAUGAGGAGAAGUUGGAGAAGGAGGCGCAUGAGUUCAUGCUGGAGCAGCAGGAGAAGCUGGAGCAAGAGAAAGAGGCCAUCAUGGACGACCGGUCGCUGGUGGCUGAGGAGAAACAGAAGCUCCUGGAAGAGAAGGAGAGGAUGAUGGGAGAUCUGAAGAAGGAGCAGGAGGCCACUGCGCUCCUCACCUCCAAGUUCAAGGCAAUGGAGAGUAAGCUUCUGGUUGGAGGAAAGAACAUCAUUGAUCACACCAACGAACAGCAGAAGAUACUGGAACAGAAACGACAAGAGAUUGCAGAGCAGACGCGUACAGAGCGGGAGAUGCAGCAGCAGAUGUUGAUUCAGGACGAGGAGACGCUGGAGCUGAGAGAAACGUUCACGUCUCUGCAACAGGAAGUGGAGGCAAAAACCAAAAAACUUAAAAAGCUGUACGCUAAACUGCAGUCGGUGAAAGCUGAGAUCCAGGAUGUGAACGACGAGCACGUCAGAACCAGACAGGAACUGGAGCAGACGCAGAAUGAGCUCACAAGAGAACUCAAGUUCAAGUACCUCAUAAUCGAGAACUUCAUCCCCCCAGAGGAGAAGAACAAGAUCAUGAACCGGCUGGUGUUUGAUGUCGACGAAGACCAGUGGAAAUUCCAACCUCUCGUUCCUGCCGAGAAUAAGUUUACUCAGAUGAAGAAGAGACCCACCUCUGCCGUGGGCUACAAGCGGCCUAUUAGCCAAUAUGCCAGGGUUGCCAUAGCGAUGGGAGCCAAUUCCAGAUACAGGGCUGAAAACAUCAUGCUUCUGGAGCUGGACACGACUCCGCCCACUCUGUUUCAAAUGGACUUCCCGAGUGUGGGGCCAGAGACGGAGCCAAGCCGAGACGCGCAACUGGACAACGCAUCGUACCGAGAGAAAGUAGCGGCCAGUCGGGUCAGGAAGUCCCAGUCCUGGUGUCAGGCUGCACGGCCCAUGUCUUCCUCAAGUUCGGUGCUCUCCCUGUCAUCCUCAGGGUCCAACGGUCUGGCACACCCCGUCAGCACCGCCAUGGCAACCGCCCACCAAUAAAGAGUCAAGGAGCACAUCUUUGUCCCUUCUUUGACGCACCAACGAGGGACGAGUCCCUCGUCCCACAUCCUUUUUGCAGCAUUAAAACAGUGGCCUUGUCCGAGACGCUUAGACAGAGCAAGACAUGCUACAGAGAGGACGAAUUCCAGCACGAUCUCACAUCCUUCCUUUAUUUUCAUCUUCAAAUCUGAUCUCUUCAAUUUCAGCCACGACCAAACGAGCUCUGGUUAAUAUCGAUUCUCUUUUGCGUCCACACCCAUUAAAUAGAGACCGUUUCCAACAUGACGUCUGUUCAAACAUUUCAGAUUCCUUUCCUUUUUAAGCUUGAAGUUUCAAUAUGUUUUACUACUGAAAAGAAAACGGUCUUAAGAUGGAAAUUAAAGCCACUCUGGUCGUCUACUGAAGAGGGUAUUCGAGGAACACCACUUCCUGUGCGAUUUACUGUAUAGAAAAGAGCCGGGAAAGACAGACAAGACGGAUGAAGACGAGUGCAGACGUCUUUCUCUCGUUCCCCGAGCUCCGCUUGCAUGUUGUACCGUGUGUAUCCGUGUUUGUAAUGUUGAUCAGGGUUUACGGAACAGGGCCUGCAUUCCGUUGGCCGGAUUAAAGCGGCUAAUUACGUGGGCGUGGUCUACGCUUAGAAUUAGAAACGGUAAAAUCGGCACCGUUGUGUGGUUGUUUUGGCUGGUACCAAAAAACAAAACCGGUUUUGUCGGGAUAUCAAACGUAUACAAUAUUGGUGACGGAUUGGUGUCGAAACGUCGCGUGAACUUAUGGUUACGUCGCUUAUGAUGAGGACAGUUUUCCUACCAAGCACUGAUCGUCAUUUUUACAUCCCAGUUAGCAGACCCAAGUUAAACCGUUUUAGAUUAACGUACUUAACGUUAGAACACUAAGAGAUUUUGCAUGAGCUACGUUUCCAGUAAUGAGAAUAAAGCAAGGAGAUAAAAUGACCGUAACGAUUUCAUCUUAACGUUUAAAAAACUUUAGAUAAGGUUUACGUAAAGGCUUGCGUCAGUUUUACGUAUGCUUUAGGUAAGGUUUUUGUAAGGGUUACAUAAGGUUUACAGAAUGUUCACGCAAGAUUUAUGUACAGUUUAUGUUAGUUUAUGUAAGGUUUACCUAAGAUUUAUGUAACGUUUACGUUAGGUUGAUGUAAGAUUUACCUAAGAUUCACAUAAAGUUCUUGCUUGGCUCGUGUAACCUUUAUGACAGUUACUUCAGGUUUACAUAAGCUUUAGGUAAGGUUUACGUACGGUUAUGUAAGGUUUACCUAAGCUGUACGUACAGGUCUAUGUAAAGUUUACAUAAAGUUUACCUAAGGCUUAAUGUAUGACUUGCGUAAGCUUUACAUCAGUUAAUUGUAAAGUGUAAUGAAACUAGGUUUAUACACGGUGUGUGCAAGGUUUACGCAAGGGUGUGUAACGCUUAUGCAAAGUUUACGUCAGGUCUAUUUAAGGUUUUACAUAAUGAUGUCAUUUCAUGCAAAUAUAUUCUCGCAUAUGUUUUGCAUAAUUUGCAUUCGAUACAGUUCCACCAAGAAUUUCAUAUAGAUCGUAAAUUGUGUCUACACUGUAUAUAUAUAUAUUUUUUUUUGAGUUGUCUGACUUUUCCAUUGUGUGCACUCUCAUUCUUUUGGAAAAACAAAGGUUAAAUGUAAAUUUUUUGUUUUGUUUUGUUCUAAAGAACCCUUAAGGAACCAGUAAGUUCCUGAGGCUCAAGGUUAGCGAUCAGGCUGCAAGGUUUGGAGCAUUUGAACGGUCACCGUGAAGGCAAUAAACUGUUUAGGGAUUGUUUAUUAGACUCAUUUGGAUUCAGGAUACACGAAUGUAAUGGAACGCCGAUGGUUUAAAGAUCCCACGUGUUGACAAAUGUCCCAUUCCACCAUAUAUAUAUAUUUUUUUGCAGGUUUGCAUACACCUUUAAAUUACUGUUCAGUGAAAUAUCAAGAGGAGUGCAAGACUCUAAAGCCAAGUGCACACACACACACUCAUAUACACGUACACAUACAUAAAUUAGUUCUCACACUGGACACACAGACUUGAGCUUUGCUUGGACACACCUAGCCUAAAGCAUCCACGCCAACCUACCCGACUCUAACUGUAUAGAUGCAUAAGGACUGAAUAUUUCAAAUGUGUGUUCAAGUCGUGACUGUACGAUAAAACUACUAAAUAAAUAAAAAACCGAGAAACCCUGAAA